AUUCGUUAAUAAUGUUUCAAUUGUCAAUAUGAAAUUGAAAUCUCAUAUGGGCAGCAAAGUAGCAUAGCCCUGGCGGAGGGAGGGGGUUGCAGCGAAUCAGGGCAGCAGACACUGCAAAGCGCAGGCUGUCACCUCCCCUCCGUCGAGCUGUCAGUUCACAGUCAGCACACACGAGCCUCAAGGCUGCAAACGGAGUUGACCACACGUUGAUUUUAAAUAACUGCUCCCCUGCGUUUUAAUUCGAACUGAGGCAAGAACAUGAAAGGAUACAGCCCUGUUAUCUCUACGGACUGACACAAACGUGCAAGAGGAGGGCUGGCGGAGCCGCUGGCUAGCUGUGAGCUGCUAUCUAAUGUUAAUAGUUAGCUUGCAAGCUAACGGUAGCUAGCUGGUGAGCGGAGUCGGUUUGUGCCGUCUGUUGGUUAGCGAAGGUCGGAGGGACUAACGUUAGCUGGUAGUCAGGAGCGUUUAGUUAGCCAUUCAGCAUCAUUAAUGUGUCAUUUUAAUAGUUUGUUUUAAGGCUGCGUGAUAAAGUGUGUUUAAUUCGUCACGUCGCUUCCGUUUGUUCCUGUCUUUUACGUUAAUUCAUUUUACGAAAUUUAACGUAUAGUUGAUGAUUGCUAGCUAGCAAGCUACUCGGCUAUGCUAGCGCCAGCUCAGUGAGACCUCAGUGCGGAGAGCUCCAGACUAGUCAAGGAAGGAAGAGAGGUGACUUAUGAUGUGGGCUGGGGCAAGCGGCGGACUGUUAGGCGAAUGAGAGCAGCAGUAUUAGCUUUAACACCGUAUUUUCCUUAAUUUUAGUCAUUGUCGAGGUAACGUUAGGACCUUAGCGUCAGUCAAGCUGUGUGGGACGUCGGAUGAAGAAAAUAAUAGGAGUACUUUGAUUUGCGGUCUGGCUAAAUGAAUAGUGUUGUUAUUACUAAGUCGUGAGCUGGUGGCCACUGUGCCACCUUCAAGGGAAGACACUCUGUCAAGAUUAUCGCAAAUACUGCAAUAACCAGCCAGUUUGCUUAAAGAUGGCUUCGGCGAGCAGCAUAGCCGCAGCUAUUGCGAGCAAAACGAAGACCAAGAAAAAACACUUCGUUGCCCAGAAAGUGAAGCUCUUCCGUGCCAGCGACCCUCUGCUUAGCGUGCUUAUGUGGGGAGUCAACCAUUCGAUAAAUGAGUUAAGCCAUGUUCAGAUUCCCAUCAUGCUCAUGCCAGAUGACUUCAAGGCCUAUUCUAAGAUCAAAGUGGACAACCACCUCUUCAAUAAGGAGAACAUGCCUAGCCAUUUCAAGUUCAAGGAGUACUGCCCUCUGGUGUUUCGAAACCUCAGAGAGAGGUUUGGCAUCGAUGAUCAGGACUUCUUGAACUCUCUGACACGCAGUGCUCCCAUGAACAGUGAGGCCCAGGGACGGAGCGGGGCCCGCUUCCAUACCUCUUACGACAAACGCUACGUAGUCAAGACCAUCAGCAGCGAGGAUGUGGCUGAGAUGCAUAACAUUCUAAAGAAAUACCAUCAGUUCAUCGUGGAGUGCCAUGGCAACACGCUGCUGCCUCAGUUUCUGGGGAUUUACCGACUCACCGUGGAUGGAGAUGAGACCUACAUGAUUGUUACACGCAAUGUCUUCUCUCACCGGCUUUCCGUCUACAAAAAAUAUGAUCUGAAGGGUUCCACUGUGGCAAGAGAGGCUAGUGACAAGGAGAAGGCCAAGGAGCUGCCCACCUACAAGGACAAUGACUUCAUCAAUGAUGGGCAGAAGAUCUACAUUGACGGGGAGAACAAGAAGAUGUUCCUGGAGAAGCUCAGGAAAGAUGUGGAGUUCCUGGCCCAGCUGAAGCUCAUGGACUACAGUCUGCUGGUGGGGAUCCACGAUGUGGAGCGAGCCGAGCAGGAAGAGGUGGAGAGCGAGGACAAUGAAGCCGAGGAGGAGGGCGAGAGUGACGGAGGGGGCAUUGGAACACCCCCUGACAGUCCCAGCAACACCCUGGACAGCAACAAGCCCCUGUCACCUGGAGAGUUUGAUCCCGCCAUUGACGUCUACGCCAUCAAAAGCAAUGAUAGUGCUCCCAGGAAGGAGGUUUACUUCAUGGCUAUCAUAGACAUCCUGCAGCAUUACGAUGCCAAGAAGAAAGCUGCCCACGCCGCCAAGACUGUCAAACAUGGGGCCGGAGCAGAGAUCUCCACGGUGAACCCAGAGCAGUACUCCAAGAGGUUUUAUGAUUUUAUCACCACUAUCCUAUCAUAGCCUUCAGGAGCAACAGGAGGGCACAGAGGCACAUGGGAAAGGGGGGGAAGGCAAGCAGGGAGCAGGGCAGGGGAAGAGAAGUGAUGGAGAGAAAACCCAUCGAGAGGCUGAAUACACAAGGUGCUGUGAUGGCGUUGUAUCACUCUCCCUCAUCCCUCCCUGUUUACUUCGCCCUCUUUCAGCGGGGUGCCACGCUCUGCAGCUAAAGAAAAACCCAUCAUUCGUUUACAUUUAACCUCUCCUAUGUUGAGUUUUGUUCAUGCGUUACUUUGGAUGACGAGUGUUGAAAGGAAGUGUCCAAGUCAUUACGGUUUUUUUUAAAUAGAAUUUGUUUUUGUCUUUAUGGUUGUUUAUGUGGGAAUAUGGCUUUUUUUUAUUGCCUCUAAUAUAACACCCAGCACCCUGCAGUUUUUUAUUUUAUUUUGAUGUUUUUAUUUGUCUUUCCCUUAUAUUGUUUGGGGGGGGGUUUAGAUGUAUAUAGUGUGAGGUCAAGGGGAGUGCAGAGGUGUCUUUGCAAAGACAUGGCAGGAUGUAAAAAGGAAGUUUGCGUUGAGCCUCGCCUAAUGCAAUCGCUUCAUUUCAGGAACUAGGAAGCAGUCUUCCAAUAGGCCAACAGCCAGACCCCCCCACCCACCCAAAUGCUAUACAAGUACUCAGCCAAACAAAUCUUCCCAUUUGUGUUCCUUUUCCAUCACUUGUUCUUUGGAUGCCUCCCCCUCUCACUCCUUCAUGUACAGUUGAUGAAUUGAGCUUCUGGGUUAUCCUCUUGCCACACACACAAACAAACACGUCUCAUCAGCUGAGAUGAGUUCACUUGUUGCAGUAAAUUAUAAUGCUUGUUUUCAGCACUAGUUGCGCCUCGUGGUUGUCAGCGCUUUUCCCCUUUUGCUUUGUUGUGGUGCGCAGUGUUUAAGAAUGAUUAAGGGAAGCAUGUGUUUUUAAGGGAGGAUUCGAGGACACAGCUUCUCUUAGGCGUUAUUUACUUGCAUAAACUCUGAAUCUGUUGGGCAUUGUUAUGUAGGCCUGGUUUCUGUUCCUGUGGCAGGGAAUGACCCAGAAGUCCUGUGUGGUUGAUUAAGAGUCAGCCACUCCUCGUUAUAUCUUCGUAAAGGGUGUCACAUUGAAACAUCAGCAGCCCUUAACUUUCUGUUGCCAUCAGCACCUUAUGAGUAAAAUCAAAAAUGUUGCACUUUUAUUUGUUAUUAGAGGUUAGGAGAUCUUGUUCUGUUACGUGCGCUGCAACAAAGAGGAAAAAUAACUCUGCUUUCAUAGAAUUGAAUCUUUAGAGGCCCGAUCUCAAAUCCUGUCUCCUCCGCCAUUUUUCACCUAUGGGUGCUUCUUAAUGUAAGGAUCGGUGGGGAAGAAUUUACUGCAAUAUUAGACGGGGAAAGAAGUUGGGUUUUGUUUACAGGGCUUAUGUAAAGUAACCUCUCCAAUCCUUGUUUUUAGAAGCGCCCCGUGGUGUUGUGGGUGGUGGGUUUUGGGACUGAGCCAACAGCGUGACCGUGCUUGCACGCUCAGGGCAGACAGAAGGCUGUUUACCUCCAGCAUCGUACCAGCACACACCCAAUGAUGGCGAACAAUGUGUGUGUGUGUGUGUGUGUGUGUCAGUGUUCAAAAGUUUUUUUGGGACGGGGGGGUGGGGGUAGAAAGGGGAGGAGGGAAGAGUAGCUGCAGAUGUAAAGAUACGUGUUGUUACGUCAUUAACACCAACAGCAUUGUCCUCUUCUCUAACCUCAGCUGUGAGUCUGUUAUUCAUCAUUUGUGUUGUUGACAUUUUUUAAAGGUGGUUUAUCUGUGUUUGAAUUUGGCAGUUUUAUGAAUUGAUGUGGUAAUAUUUUGUUUGUUUCUGUUUGAGGUGUUGUUGUUUUUUUGUAUAUUUUGCACAUGAGGAAAGGAACCAAAUGUUACGAAUAUGAUCCCAAUUAGUUGAUUAUGGUCUUAACAAGGGAAAUGCAAUAUACUCGUAUGUAAGUGAGAAACGUUGUGCGUGUGAUGUUGUGUGUAUCCCUUCUGGAUAACCAACUAAAGCAAGUAAAAGUCGUCAUCCUUGACUAUUCUAACCCAUGCAAAAAGCUUCCAUCAUAAUAUGUUAGUUUAAAUUUCAUAGAUUAUAUUCACAUUUAUAUUUUUACAUUGGAUUUUAGUCAUGAAACAUAGGUGUAUUUAAAAGAAAAAACUAAACGGAGCCACCCUUAGGAAUGAAUGAUGGUGCUGUGGUAAAUGAAGAAUGAUACUGCUAGAAUUUAUACAAUGCUUACUAUAGAUGUACUUUAAAAAAAAAAAGUCAUAAAAAAUUGCAUGUCACAGGACUAAGUUUCCUUUUCCCUUUGGUCUGUGUUGUUGGCUGUUCAGGUUCUCUUUGUGUCCCUACACUUUAACCAGAUUUGUGAGCUGUUCAGCGUAAAUUGGUCCCUACCAUGCUUUAAAUAAUGUGAUUUUCAUUGUAUACACUGUGCAAGAUGUGUGCCUUUAUACUCCAAAAUUAUUUAAUUUUAUAUUUUGUAACCUUUUUUUAAAACACAGGCAAAUGGUUAUUUUAAUAACAGGGUGUUUACUUUGACCUUUACAUUUCAUCCCCCCUGCUCAACCUUCCUCCACUCCAGCACCUCUGUGUUUAGAUAUUAUUUUCACGUUAUUCCGUCAGUUAAACUAAACAAUUCUAAUGAUUGUGUUUUAACAGACAAAAAAGUGAAUAGCUGUCUUAAAUUUGAACACGCUGGAUCAGUUUCAAUUCUGUACAUUCAAGUCCUUCAUUCAGAUUAUUCAGUGUUUGCAGGCGUCCCUCUCCUCCUCAGAGCGAGGCGGUGUCUGCUGAUAUUAAUCCCUUGUUCGUUGACGCUGGUCCUGCCUUUAGAAAAAGGGUGCGUGCGUGGAAGUGUAUUGUGGAAUGUGUGUGUGUGUUGUGGUUGUGUUUUCUCGUGCUUGUGCUCGCUAAGUGACUGCCCCUCCCAUUCCCUCCUCAGGAGUAUGUCGGCAUCUUCAUCACAUUUACCCUCUCACAUUUCAGGAAUGUGUCUUUCUUUUCUUUUCUUUUCUUUUUGUACAUUUUAUAAUAUUAUUAUUUUUGUGUUUGUCCAGACUUUCACUUACAACUCCUACUCAUUUCUAAAACAAGUUUAGGUUCUCUUGCUUCCUCACCUCCAUGUUUUUAUUUUGUAUAACCCAGAACACCUGUGUGUUUUCAGGGAGGUUGUCAGCACAUCCUGAGUCAAUGUUAGAUGAUAUUUCUGUGUUCUUUCACUGUUAAUGGGCAGUUUUGUUGUAACGUAGCCCAUGCUGUACAUAGGUUGUGUCGUAAAGGAAACAAGAAAUGAGGGAACACAAUCAUCUUCGAGUGUGCUUUGCUCUCUUUGGCUUCGCUGUAGUCAGACUAAUAAGCAAGUAAUAAACAGAGCAGUGCAUGCUGGGAGAGUGAGGAUUUUUCUGUUCUGUUUCGGGGAUAUUAACUCUCCUCUGAUGAAGUCCUUGCUUUUGUGACUUUCGCUCAUGAACAAGCUCCUCCACCCACCAGUCAACUUGCUGCCACCGUUAACUUGCCAAAAGCAUCUUUGAGCAGUCAGAACUACCCCACACGAGCUUAAAGAACAUUGUGUGUCGUAUAAUGUGUCUGUUUAGGUUUUUUUCUUUCUAUGUACUGGAAGCGAGAUAUGCAUUGCUGAUAUGUGAACAAACACCCCAGCGUUCAUGUGGUUUAUCAAGUGUUAAGGGGAAUUGGAUUACAAAUGCAAAGCCAGGCGAGAUCUGCAGAGAUGGAACCUUUUCCUUUUGGCCUUGAGUUUCAAAAUCAACAAAUUUUGUGGAGGAUUUUGAAAGCAACUGAAUCCUUUUUCUUUUUUAAAUUUGCAUGCAAAAUUGAAGUCAAGAGAGGCCUGGAAACCUCCCCUCCUGCAAUUGAGCUUUGGUCCCUAGUACUUAAAUUACUGUGUGUGUAUGUGUGAGUGUGUGUGUUUCUUUAUUGCUGUCUGACAAACAAUGGCUGGUGAGAGUUCCCUUUCAGUGGCAGAGAGGCCAAAAUGUUGAUGUAUGUUUAUUGUUCUUCACAUUUAAUGAUGACGAUGAUAAUAAUACACUCCAUUCAAUAAGCCUUCACUCAAACCAAUUAAAGCACUUGUUCUGCUUAA